AUGGAGCUUCAAGAGGAAAGCUCUGAUGUCGGGGCUUUGGUCUCAGCACCAUCAAGGAACCUGUCAUCCUCUUCCUCCACAUUUGUUUCUGCCAACCAGUCACCUUUCUUCACACCACGGUCACUGUCUGCUUGUCGCCCGGAGCAUGCUCAUGUCGAGCACAAUAACUCCCCGACUGGCAUCGCGCUGAAAAUCGGUGAUAUUCUUUCCAGUGACACUCUGGUACAGCGGGGGCAGUUACCAUCAUCAGCCAACAUAAGGUUAUUGCUAGACGAUGCUUCUCCUGCUCCCAGCCUUUGCACUUCAAGUAAUUUUGGAACUCCAGCAAUUGUCUAUAACAAUCCCAGCUUCAUUUCAACCUUCAACGGCCCAUACCAAGGUAGUUCGUCCGCGACUCCAACUAGCAAUUGUGAUCGUUCAACUCGAAAGGAGAAACAGAAGAGACAGGUAGGAAUAUAUCGGAAAUCUUCGUCCUCUCAACCUACGCCAUCAGCAGCUUCUGUCAGUAGGCUUCGAACCUAUGAUGUGUACAUAGGGUUUCAUGGUCGCAAGGCUUCACUGCUGAGGUUCACAAAUUGGCUUCGUGCAGAAUUUGAGAUUCAUGGAAUCAGUUGCUUUGCUUCUGAUCGGUCCAGGUGUCGGAAUUCACACAGCCAUGAUGCUGUUGAGAGGGUAAUGAAUGCUUCCACAUAUGGAAUUGUCAUCCUUACAAAAAAGUCAUUUGGCAAUCCUUAUACCAUUGAGGAGCUCAGGAACUUCUUCGGCAAGAAAAAUCUGAUCCCUAUAUUCUUUGACUUGGGUGCUGCUGAUUGCCUUGCCAGAGAUAUCAUAGAGAAGAGAGGAGAACUGUGGGAGAAACAUGGCGGUGAGCUGUGGAUGUUAUAUGGUGGAAUAGAGAAUGAAUGGAGGGAAUCAGUUGAUGCUCUUUCUCGGGUGGUAGAUGUGCAGUUAGAAGCGAAUGAUACCAAUUUGAGAGCCUCCAUACUGCAAGCAGUUAUUCUUUUGGCCAUGAAACUAGGUAGGAGAAGUGUGGUUGAUCGGGUGAAUAGGUGGAGAGCAAGGGUGGAGAAAGAUGAAUUUCCUUUCCCUCGCAAUGCUGAUUUCGUCGGGAGGAAAAAGGAGCUCUCGGAGUUGGAGCUCAUCUUGUUUGGUGAUGUCAGCGGGGAAGGGGAAAAGAAGUAUUUUGAGCUCAAGACAAAGCAACGAAGAAAAGGCCCUGUGAGUGGCUGGUCUGCUAACAAUUAUGAGCAAUUAAAUGCAGAUACCAUCAAGGGAAAGGAACCGGUUAUGUGGAAGGAGACUGAGGAAGGCAUUGAGAUGCAGAGACUGGGCACUCCACUGCAGCAUGGCCGACAACAGAGAGUGAAGAACGGUGGGAGAUAUGGGAGGAAGAAAAAAACUAGGAAGAUACUCUAUGGAAAGGGCAUUGCUUGCAUAUCAGGGGAAUCUGGAAUGGGCAAGACAGACUUGGCUUUGGAGUACGCAUACAGGUUCUCCCAGAGAUAUAAGAUGAUUUUGUGGGUCAGAGGGGAGAGCAGAUACAUUCGACAUAAUUAUUUGUCUCUGCGGACUCUUCUGGAAGUAGAUUUAAGUGUUGAUACCCGCUUGCAUGAGAAAGGAAGUGACCGAUGCUUUGAGGAACAGGAAGAGGAAGCCAUUGCCAAGAUAAGACAAGAACUGAUGCGGGACAUACCGUAUUUAGUUAUCAUUGAUAAUCUGGAGAGUGAGAAGGACUGGUGGGAUAAGAGAGUCAUAAUGGACCUUCUCCCACAGUUUGGUGGAGAGACUCACUUCAUCAUAACAACACGCCUUCCACGGGUGAUGAACUUGGAGCCAAUGAAGCUUUCUUAUUUAUCUGGUGCUGAGGCAAUGACUUUGAUGAAGGGGGCUGUCAAGGAAUACCCGCUAAUGGAAAUUGAUGCGCUCAAGGUCAUUGAAGAAAAGCUUGGGAGGCUAACUCUUGGCCUAGCUAUUGUUGGAGCUAUACUCUCGGAGCUUCCAAUUACUCCAAGUAGGCUUCUUGACACGUUGAAUCGGCCAUCACCCGUAAGAGAUUUUUCUUGGAAUGAGAGAGAAGUAAUCAGCUUGAAAAAUCAUGAAAUCCUUGUUAGACUCCUGGAUGUCUGCCUAUCGAUAUUUGAGCAUGCAGAUGGUCCCAGGAGUCUGGCAAUUCGUAUGGUUCAAGUGAGUGGUUGGUUUGCACCAUCUGCAGUUCCAAUUCAUAUGUUGGCUCUGGCUGCACAUAAAACCCCAAAGAAGCAUCGGAGGGGUCCCAGGUGGAGGAAGUGGUGGCGAACACUAACUUGUGGCCUUGCAACUUCAAGGAUGCAGAGAUCUGAAGCUGAAGCAGCUGCAAUGUUGAUGAGGUUUGGAAUUGCCAGGUGCAGCGCAAAGUCUGAGUAUAUCCAGUUCCAUGAUAUGAUCAGGUUAUAUGCUCGCAAGCGAGGAGGCACAAGAACGGCUCAAGCUGCGGUCCAAUCAGUGUACCUUCGAGGAUCAAUCAAACAUUCUUCUGAGCACCUAUGGGCUGCCUGCUUCAUGGCUUUUGGAUUUGGUUCUGAUCCUUUUCUGGUAGAACUGAGGCCAUCUGAGUUGAUGUUCUUUGUGAAGCAGAUUGUGGUGCCACUUGCGAUAAACACAUUCAUCACAUAUUCCCGAUGUAAUGCUGCACUGGAGCUGCUGCGCCUGUGCACGGAUGCAUUGGAGCGUGCAGCUGAAUCCAUGCUCUCUCAUGCUGGCAAAUGGAGAGAAACAUCAAUCUCCUGCUUUAGGCCAGUUCAGUCAGAAGCCCAGUACACCUAUCUUUGGCAGGAGCUGGCUCUUCUGAAAGCUUCUGUACUAGAAACACGGGCGAAGCUGAUGCUCCGAGGCGGACAGUAUGGCAUCGGGGAUGACCUGAUACGGAAGGCCAUAUUCAUCCGCACUUCCAUCUGCGGCGAGCACCACCCCGACACGGUCUCGGCUCGAGAAACCCUCAGUAAACUAACAAGGCUUCUUACAAACGUCCACCUUAGUUGA